AAAAUCCUCUGCUUCCUCGUCGCCUCUCCUCUUUCUUCCUCCGCAAGACCCCCAAAACGAAGCCCCACCUCCUCCUCCUCCCGUCCAUGCCCCGCUCCCCGCCCUGAAGCCCUAGGCCCCCCGUCCUCGUGAUGCCACCGCGGCCGUCUCUCCAAUCGCUCCUCCUCAUGGCGGCCUCCUCCACCUCCGCCGCCGGGGGCUCCGGCCUCCUCCUCGCCGCGCGCCGCCGCCGCUUCCCCGCCGCCUCCGCUGCCGCCGCGGGGGCCCACCGCAUCCGCUUGCUGCACUCCUUCUCCGCCGGGACCCGCCUGCCCAGGCGGCCCGAGCUGGUCUGCUGCUUCGGAACCACCCCAGUGGCGGCGCCAGUCGCCGACCCAGUGGUUCCGCAACCGAGGAAUGUUCGUUCGAAGGAGGACAAGAAGGCUUGUGAAGAACGCAUAGGGAUACUAGUUGAGAAGAUGAAAAAAGAAGGAAUAAAUUCGGAGCGAUGGAAGCUUGACAUUUAUGACAAGCUGCUUUGCCCAGUGUGCAAUGGGGGAUCAACUGAGGAGCGAAGCCUCAGUGUCUUCAUCCGACAGGAUGGCUUAAGUGCAUCAUGGAAAUGUUUUAGGGCGACUUGUGGUUGGAAAGGCAGUGCCAAGCCCGAUGGAGUUUCCGAAGUCUCCCAAGCAAAAUAUGUCAGAGGAAAAGAAAACAAUCAGGUUGUCAAAGCUAAUCAGGCAGUCAAGGUUUACAGGAAACUUCAUGAGGAGGACCUCCCUCUUGAGCCACUUUGCGAUGAGCUCGUAACAUACUUUUCUGAAAGAAUGAUAUCGGCAGGAACACUUCAAAGGAACAAUGUAAUGCAACGUAAAUGGAAUAAAAAGAUAGUUAUUGCUUUCACCUAUAAACGUGGUAAAGUCCUUGUUGGCUGCAAAUACAGGGAAGUCAAUAAGAAAUUUUCACAGGAGCCGAACACAGAGAAAAUUUUGUAUGGUCUGGACGAUAUAAAGCAAGCACGUGAUGUUAUCAUUGUUGAGGGUGAAAUUGAUAAACUUUCCAUGGAGGAGGCUGGCUAUCGUAACUGUGUGAGUGUGCCAGAUGGUGCACCAUCGCAAGUAUCCAACAAACUCCCAGACAAAGAUGAGGAUAAGAAGUAUCAAUAUCUGUGGAACUGCAAAGAAUAUCUUGACAAGGCAUCUAGGAUAAUACUGGCAACAGAUGCUGAUCCUCCAGGGCAGGCUCUUGCUGAGGAACUUGCUCGUCGGCUUGGUAAAGAAAGGUGUUGGAGGGUCAUCUGGCCAAAGAAGAACGAGACAGAUAUUUGCAAAGAUGCAAAUGAGGUACUGAUGUUUUUAGGGACACAGGCAUUGAAAAAGGUUAUAGAAGGUGCAGAACUGUAUCCUAUAAGAGGUCUUUUCAACUUCAAAGAUUUCUUCCCUGACAUUGAUAAUUAUUAUCUUGGAAUCCGCGGGGAUGAGCUUGGUAUUCCUACUGGUUGGAAAUGUAUGGAUGAGCUAUACAAGGUUGUUCCUGGGGAGUUGACUAUAGUAACUGGAGUCCCAAAUUCUGGCAAAAGUGAGUGGAUUGAUGCAUUAUUGUGCAAUAUAAACGAUCAGUGUGGGUGGAAAUUUGUACUAUGCUCAAUGGAGAACAAGGUCAGAGACCAUGCUAGGAAGCUAUUGGAGAAGCACAUUAAGAAACCAUUCUUUGGUGCAAGAUAUGGGGGUUCCGUGGAGCGGAUGAGUCCAGAUGAGUUUGAAGAAGGCAAGCAAUGGUUAAACGAGACAUUCCAUCUGAUUCGGUGUGAUGAUGAUUGCCUUCCAUCCAUUGACUGGGUUCUUAAUCUUGCAAAAGCUGCAGUUCUAAGACAUGGAGUUCGCGGUCUUGUGAUUGAUCCUUAUAAUGAACUUGACCAUCAACGCCCCUCAAAUCAAACCGAGACAGAAUAUGUCAGCCAGAUACUUACCAAAAUUAAGCGCUUUGCUCAGCAUCAUUCAUGUCACGUUUGGUUUGUUGCCCACCCUAAGCAGCUUCAAAACUGGAAUGGUGCACCGCCUAAUAUGUAUGACAUCAGUGGAAGUGCACAUUUCAUCAACAAAUGUGAUAAUGGGAUUGUCAUCCACCGAAACAGGGAUCCAGAUGCUGGUCCUAUUGAUGUCGUGCAGGUUUCUAUGAAGAAGGUGCGGAACAAAGUGAUAGGGACAAUAGGGGAUGCUUUCUUGACAUAUGACCGGGUUACUGGUGAAUACAAGGAUGCCGAUAAAGAAAUUGUGGCAAAGGUCGUCAAGCAGCAGUCAAAGAAGACGGCGAUUCGACGCUGAUUUGCUUUACUAUCUCCCUGGAUAGUUAACAAACACGAGAUGAUAUGGUUGCUUCUAUGGCAUGUCGCAGUUUGCUGUAUGAUCAGCACUAUUGGCGGAGAUGGUCGUACAUUGUAGCUGACUGCUGCCUAAUUCUUCAGCAACAUCGUCCUCCUGAACGGUAUGCACGCCCUCAGGUGUCUCCCAGACUCGUGGUCAAAAUGUGGUUUGAAGGCUAACCUUGCUAAGAUAGGCACAUGACAUUGCUUGGUUGUGACGUAUAGCAGUAAGCUUAUAUUGUAAUUAAUUAAUCGUCGCACCAGCUGGGUCAUGUCAGCAGCAAAAAGCUCAUAUCAUCCUUAGGUUAUUUUGUAUGCCCUUCCAACGGUUGUAGCAGUUGGAAGUCCAUCAAUUAGCAGUCCAUCAGAAAUAUCUAUUCCAGAUUCAAGUAUUCAUACCAGAAUUCUGGAACCUAGUGCUUUCUUUUUUGUUCUACCACCACACACAUGCAAUGCAAUCCAUCGGCCAUGUGGUUAGAGCAA